AUGAAGUUUACAGAGGGAAUGUGGUGCCUUCGUGAAGGCGUCCGGAUUGAGUGGAUGAGCAACAUUGAGCGACUUCGUACCGAGAACGAGACGGUUCAUCUUCUGCUGAACAAGCUCCAGAGACAUCGUGGAGACACAUUGAACUCACCCACCAUCUCGGCACAAGUCACCUCGCCACAGGAAGGAAUCAUUGGCGUGAAGCUCGUCCACUGGGCAGGACAAGUCGACAAUGGCCCACACUACCAUCUUAACACUGCCUCCGGCCACAGCAGCAUAACCCACGAUAAAGAAGCCAACAAGCUCAACUACACCAGCGGCCCCCUAGCCCUGGACAUCAACACCGCAGCCAACGAACUCGACUUCAUCUUUCGCGCUCCAAGCGGCAAGAAAAUCACCGGUCACUCUUGGCGCUCAAUCGGCUACGUCGCAGACCAACGCACCGAGAAGCACCGCUACGAAGACGGAAUCUACGCCGAAAAGCAGGGCUACAUGCUCGCCGCGCUCGAUCUAGGCGUUGGCGAGAAAGUCUACGGCCUGGGCGAGCGGUUCGGCCCCUUCGUUAAGAACGGACAGACGGUCGAUAUGUGGAACGAGGACGGCGGUACCAGCUCUGAGCUCGCGUACAAGAAUAUUCCGUUCUAUAUGUCUUCGAAGGGUUAUGGAGUGUUUGUCAAUCAUCCUGGAAAGAUUAGUCUGGAGGUUCAGUCUGAGCGGACUACGCGAGUGAAUAUCUCCGUUCCUGGUGAGGAGAUUGAGUAUUUCAUUGUUUAUGGGGACUCGCCUAAGGAUGUCCUAAGGAGAUAUACGACUCUUACGGGUCGGCCGGGUCUGGUUCCAUCUUGGAGUUAUAAUCUCUGGUUGACGACUAGCUUUACGACCAACUAUGACGAGCAGACGGUUACUGGAUUCCUGGAUGGGUUUAAGGACCGCGAUAUCCCGCUGGGUGUUUUCCAUUUCGACUGCUUCUGGAUGAAGUCGUACCAAUGGUGCGAUUUCCAAUUCGACGAGGAGAUGUUCCCCGACGCUAUCGGGUAUCUCAAACGCUUGAAGGAACGUGGUUUACGUAUUAGUGUUUGGAUCAAUCCCUAUGUCGGACAAGCAUCGCCUUUAUUCGAAGAAGGCAAGAAGAACGGAUACUUUAUCAAGCGCACCGACGGCUCCGUCUGGCAAUGGGACUUCUGGCAAGCCGGCAUGGCCGUCGUCGACUUCACCAACCCAUCCGCCUGCAGCUGGUACAGCAACCACCUCGAACGGCUAAUGUCAAUGGGCGUCGACAGCUUCAAAACCGACUUCGCGGAACGCAUCCCCGUAAAAGGAAUCAAAUACCACGACAACGCCGACCCCGAACGCAUGCACAACUACUACGCCCUCCUCUACAACAAGAUCGUCUACGAAACGCUCAGCAACCGCGUCGGACCUAACCAAGGCCUCCUCUUCGCCCGCAGCACCGCACCGGGCGGCCAAGCAUACCCCGUGCACUGGGGCGGUGAUUGUGAGAGCACAUUCGAGGCCAUGGCCGAGUCACUACGCGGCGGACUAAGCCUCAUGCUUUGUGGGUAUAUCUUCUGGGCCUCCGACAUUGGCGGCUUCGAAGGAACACCACCACCAGCACUGUACAAGCGAUGGGUGCAAUUCGGCCUGUUAUCAUCUCACUCCCGUCUGCACGGAUCAUCCUCGUUCCGAGUCCCCUGGAUCUACGGCGAAGAUUGCUCGGCCGUGCUACGUGAUUGCGCGAAGCGCAAGAUUCUUCUUACGCCGUAUAUCCUCGCGGAAGCACUACGCGGACACCGCGAUGGAACGCCGCUGAUGAGAGCGCUUUUCUUGGAGUUCCCUGGGGAUUUGAACACGUAUUCUAUUGAUACGCAGUAUAUGUUUGGAUCGAACUUGUUGGUUGCGCCUGUGUUUUCUGAGGAUGGCGAGGUUACCUUUUACGUGCCGAAGACUGAGGAUGGGAGUGCUGGGAAGUGGGUGUCUUGGUUUGAUCAUUCGAAGUCGUAUGAGGGUGGUCAGUGGUAUACUGAGACUCAUGACUUUGAUACGUUGCCUAUCUUGGUGCGUCCUGGUUCGGUGACUGUGGUGAAUCCUAAGCUUAAGGCGCCGGAGGGUGAUGCGUUGGAGGGGAUUCAGUUGUUGGUUAAUGGUCCUCUGCCUGCUGGGACUGUUGUUGAGGUUGUGAACCCAGGUCAGACAGAUCAGGUCUUGAAGACGCUCCAACUGACUAGCACCCCUGAUGGGAAGACUGUUGAAGUGGAAGGACAUGAGGUGGAAGUGGUUUACAUUGGACAGUAA